AUGUGGCGCGUGCUGCUCGUCCUCGGGGCGGCGUGCGUCGCCGCGCGCGCCUCGCAGGACGUGGUGCGCAUCUUCACGGACAAAAACGACCCUUCCACCCAGUUCAACCAUCUCGUUGUUGACCGCAACACAGGCAGAGUUUACGUCGGCGCCGUCAACAGACUCUUCCAGUUGUCCCCCGACUUAGAGGUCGCUCAAAAAAUCGACACGGGUCCAGUUAACGAUUCCUCCCAGUGUACUUUCGAUUGCCCACCUAACUUCGUCAAGAAGCCGACAGACAAUGUUAACAAAGCUCUUGUAAUAGAUUAUGCUACAAGUCGUCUUAUAACGUGCGGUUCGGUGCUGCAGGGGCUGUGUUCCGUUCGUAAUUUAAACAAUAUUUCGCAUGAUGUACGGGAAGUGCGCGAACCGGUCGUUGCGAAUAAUGCGAGUGCUUCCACCGUUGCGUUUAUUGCACCGGGGCCUCCGAAUCCCCCCAUGACGCAAGUUAUGUACGUUGGAGUUACGUUUACUGGCAAUUCACCUUACCGAUCGGAGGUACCUACUGUUAGCAGCCGGUCUCUAGAAGAUGACAGACUUUUUAUGAUCGCUCGUACUGCCGUUACGACUGGAACGCGAAUGUUUGUUAACUCAUUAUCUCGUGAACGAUAUCCUAUAAACUAUGUCUAUGGCUUUAGUUCAGAGGGAUUCAGUUAUUUUUUGUCAACUCAGCUAAGAGGAGUGGGCUCCGAUACGUAUUACAGUAAGUUGGUACGUGUGUGCCAUGACGACGAAAAUUAUUAUUCAUACACCGAAAUACCCAUGUCUUGUAUGGGCGAAGGGGGCGGAAAUUUUGGAUAUAACCUUGUACAAGCUGCAUUUGUUGGAAAAGCUGGAUCUGUAUUAGCCGGCGAAUUAGGAAUUACUGCUCAGCAUGAUGUAUUGUUUGCUGCAUUUAGUCAAAGUGAAUCAAUCAACACUAAUGUUCCAUCAAAUCUCUCAGCUUUAUGCGUGUAUUCUUUGAAAGCUAUCAGGCGUAAAUUUAUGCAAAACAUAAAAACUUGCUUCAGUGGAAAUGGCUCAAGAGGACUGGAUUUCAUAUCUCCUUCACACGCCUGUAUUGGCACUAAGUUACAAUCUAUAAGUGAAGAUUUCUGUGGCCUCGAUGUGAAUACACCACUAGGAGGUGAACAGCCCGUAGAAGCUGUCCCAGUAGCAGUAUUCAAGAAGCGUUUAACAGCCGUCGCAGCGACAGCCACCGGCGAUUACACUGUUGUUUUCGCUGGCACCGCAGAAGGCCACCUCAAAAAAAUUGUCGUAGAAAGCGCAACCUCAGCAUUUGAAUACGGAGAUAUUGUUGUCGAUGAAGGUUCACCAGUCAAUAAAGAUCUAUUUUUCGAUACUCAAUUGAUGCAUUUAUAUGUAAUGACCGAAAGAAAAGUAUCAAAAGUCAAAGUUCAAGAAUGUAGCGUGUACAAGUCGUGCUUGACAUGCCUUGGGGCAAAAGAUCCGUACUGCGGUUGGUGUUCUCUCGAGAACAAGUGCAGUCUUCGAUCAGACUGCCAAGAAGCCGCAAAAGAUCCAUUGUAUUGGAUUUCCUACCGCAGCGGGCGAUGUACUACAAUUACACAAGUAACACCGAACCAAUUACAACGAACGACAGCGAGGACUUUAGAUUUAGUUAUCGAAAAUUUACCGACGCUUAAUGGACAGUUUUUAUGUGCGUUCACGGCACUAGAUCGCACUUUAAUAACGAACGCUACUCGUAAACCGUAUGGGGUUAAUUGUACUACGCCCCGAACUGAUACAUUGCCUCCGAUACCCGCGGGUCAGCACCAUUUUACAGCUAAAUUAUCCGUGCGCACGACACAGGGACCUGAUUUUGUAGCAUCUAACUUUACGUUUUUCGAUUGUAAUACGUACAGCUCGUGCACUCAAUGCGUCAGUUCGUCUUUUCCUUGUGAUUGGUGUGUAGAUGGCCAUCGCUGUACUCACGACACAGCAGAGAACUGUAGAAAUGAUAUACUCGUUACUGGUGUUAGUCGAAUAGGUCCCAGUUAUCGUUCCGGUCCCGGGUUUUGUCCAACAAUUAAUUCUACCUCUGAUGGUACAAAUGAAAUUUUAGUUCCUUCAGGUGUUAAAAAAGCUAUUAAAGUUAAGGUUCAUAUUAUCGGUCAGUUUAUAGUUCAAACUAGGUUUGUCUGUCAGUUCAACAUAGAGGGUCGGGUCACGCAUGUUAACGCUCAACUCCUUGCUGAUACUAUUUAUUGUGAAGCUGUAGAAUUUACAUAUACUUCGCGUGCUCCAAACAUAACAGCGUCCUUUGCUGUAAUAUGGGGCGGGUCAAAACCAUUAGAUAACCCAGAUAAUACGCAUAUACUCAUCUAUAGAUGUAAUGACAUGGCAGAUAACUGCGGUAUGUGUUUAGCUCUUCCAGAAAAGUUUGGUUGCGGCUGGUGUCAGGGUUCUGAUAAGUGCGAAGUACAGGAGCAAUGCGGUGCCCCAAGCGUCUGGCUCAAUCGUACUCAAACUUGUCCCAACCCUGAAAUCAUUUCCUUUAAACCACAACUCGGCCCUUGGGACGGUGGGACAAAUAUUACUAUAGAAGGCAUUAACUUAGGUCGUAAUAUAUCCGAUAUAUACAAUGGCGUAACGAUAGCUGGAAUAAAAUGUCAGCCAAUUAUUGAAUUGUACGUAAAAACUAGGAGAAUUGUAUGCACAGUUGACGGACCCGGCGAAGAGGUUCCUCGCGACGGGCCUGUCGUAGUUCGCGUUGCUGACUAUCGCGGUGAAUCGAAACACCAUUACGCUUUCGUCAACCCGAAAAUUAAUUCCAUACAGCCUAAAUAUGGUCCGCAGUCGGGUGGCACAAAAUUACGUAUUACGGGAGAAUAUCUUAACGCGGGAAGUAAUAUUCAAGCAUCUAUAGAUGACUUACCAUGCGCAAUUUUAUCAGUGUCACACGAGGAAGCGGUCUGUAGGACGAGCCAUUCAUAUCAGUUAAAAAUGGGCACGCUGCGGAUGCGAUUCGAUACUGGGACGCGUACUUUGGAACGGGAAAAGUUUGAAUAUAUCGAGGAUCCCGUAGUAGUUUCAGUCGAAUCGGGACCUCUAUUAGCAUCACAACGAAAACAGCCUAAAGGUAUUCCGUCCGGAGGGAUAAACAUCAAAGUGAUGGGCCGAAAUUUCCAUUCCAUACAGUUUCCACAGAUAUACGUAUAUCACGACAACCGACCGUAUAUUGCGCCUUGUCAUAGAGUCGAUUUCCAAACACAUCUUAUUUGUGAAUCGCCCGGUAUCGAAAGCGCCGGACUUAAUCUAGAUCCCGAUAGGCCGCUAGAGUUAGAAUACGGUUUUAAUAUGGACGAUGUUCAAAGCGUGCAAAAUCUCACUACCAAAACGGGGGAUGCGUUUCUCCUUUAUCCGGAUCCUAUAUAUGAAAAAUUCGAUGAAGACGUAAAGUACUACAAAUCUGAAUAUUUGACAAUCAACGGUCAAAAUUUAGAUAGAGCUUGCACCGAGAGCGAUGUCGAAGUUCGCGUCGGAGAAAGUUUAUGCAAUGUGACGGGUCUAGCAAGACAUCAACUGACAUGUCGACCUCCAUCACGCAACGAGUUGCCCGAUGGGGUUGAUACGCCCGAGGUCGUCGUAAAAGUCGGCCGAGCGCUUACUUAUAAAAUUGGCAAGUUAUCGUACUCCUCACAGGCCGGUCUUCCGGCGGCUAUAGGUAAACCAGUAUUAUUCGGUGUCAUAGCAAGUAUUAUAAUACUCAUUUUUGUAUUUGUCGUGUUUCUAGUUAUGUAUAGGCGUAAAUCUACUGAAAAUAUUAGGGUUUUAAAAAAUAUGCAAGAGCAAAUGGAUAUAUUAGAGUUAAGGGUAGCUGCGGAAUGUAAAGAAGCUUUCGCGGAAUUGCAGACUGAAAUGACUGAUUUAACGGGAGAUAUUACUGGCGGAAUACCUUUCCUCGACUAUCGUACGUACGCCAUGAAAAUAUUGUUUCCCAACAUAGACGACCACGCCGUAUUGCAGUGGGAGCGGCCAGAGCUUAUGAGGAAGGAUAAAGGCCUCCGGAUGUUCGGGCAGCUUAUUUUAAAUAAAACAUUCCUUUUAUUAUUUAUUCGUACUCUAGAAAGUAAUAGAUAUUUUUCAAUGCGCGAUCGCGUCAAUGUAGCUUCUCUUAUUAUGGUAACUUUACAAAGUAAGAUGGAGUAUUGCACGGACGUCUUAAAAACUCUAUUAGCGGAGCUUAUAGAAAAAUGCAUGGAGAGUAAAAGUCACCCUAAGUUACUACUGAGACGGACCGAGAGCGUAGCCGAAAAAAUGCUAAGCGCUUGGUUCACGUUUCUUUUAUACAAAUUCCUUCGCGAGUGCGCAGGCGAGCCGCUCUAUCUUUUGUUUAGAUCGAUGAAAGGUCAGGUAGACAAAGGGCCCGUAGACGUUAUAACCUCUGAGGCACGAUACUCCUUAAGCGAAGAGAAACUAAUUAGGCAGUCGAUCGAUUUCAAACCGAUGACCGUUAGCGUGUCCAUUUCACAACAGACAUUGUUUGUUAGCGGACUAGAGGCUCCCACGGAAAACGUGCAAGUUAAAGUUCUCGACUGUGAUACGAUUAGCCAAGUAAAGGAGAAGUGUUUGGACGCGAUUUACCGCGCCACGCCGUAUUCGCAAAGGCCGAGUCGUGACGAGUUAGAUUUGGAGUGGCGGACGGGCGCCUGCGGUCGAUUAAUCCUGUACGACGAAGACAGCACUACUAAGUGCGAAGGCGAAUGGCGCAAACUGAAUACUCUCAAUCAUUAUCGCGUACCGGACGGCGCUUGCCUUAGUCUAGUUGCUAAACAGAGUUCUGUUUACAACCUGUCCAACAUGGAAAAGAACGAUAAGUCCCACACCUACGAAACGCUAAACAGGGGUAAAUACGGUUCCGCCAGUCCACCGGCUAGUCCGCUUAAGUAUGAGCACGGCGGUGGCUUUAAAUACUGGCACCUGGUGAGACACCACGACGGCGACGCGCAUAAAGAGGGAGAACGCGGAAAUAAAAUGGUUUCGGAGAUAUAUCUGACCCGUCUUCUCGCCACUAAGGGCACUUUGCAAAAGUUUGUCGAUGAUUUAUUCGAAACAAUAUUUAGCACCGCGCAUCGGGGCUCCGCUUUGCCACUCGCAAUAAAGUAUAUGUUUGACUUCCUCGACGAUCAGGCGCUUCAGCAUGCGAUCUCCGACCCCGAGGUCGUUCACACGUGGAAGAGCAAUUCUUUGCCUUUGCGUUUCUGGGUUAAUCUAAUUAAAAAUCCGAAUUUCGUUUUCGAUGUGCACAAAUCUAAUACUGUCGAUUCUUGCUUAUCUGUCAUCGGGCAAACUUUCAUGGACUCUUGUUCCACUUCCGAUCACAUUUUAGGUAAAGAUUCUCCUUCAUCGAAGCUUUUGUACGCUAAAGAUAUUCCCGUCUAUAAGGAAUGGGUAGAGCGUUAUUAUGCUGAUAUUAAGUUGAUGCCGGCGAUAUCCGACCAGGAUAUGAACGCUAUGUUAGCGGAGGAGUCGCGCCUCCACACCAAGGAAUUUAACACGAACUGCGCAUUAAACGAGUUGUACGCGUACGCGGUGAAGUAUAACGAGCAGCUCAUGGUGACGCUCGAGGAAGACGAGUUCUCGCAGAAGCAGCGGCUCGCGUACCGCCUUGAGCAGGUGCACGGCCUCAUGGCCCACGAUUACAACGUCUAG